AUGGAGGCUCGAAAGAUCGUCGAGAACAUCCAGGGCAUCUACGGUGGCCAGACGACCAACGGCACGAUUCGCCUGACCGACUACCAUCUCGUCUUCUCCGCCCCCAUCGACCAGUCCGGUACUCCCGCCGCCUCUCAACCGAAUCCUCCGGGGGGUCCGCCCAAAGUCCGCGAGCGAUGGAUCACGUUCCCCAUGAUUUGCUACUGCACAUUCCGCCCGGUACCUCCAGGUUCUCGACAAGCUCCAUCGAUCCGUCUAAGAUGCCGCGACUUCACAUUCGUAACCUUCAACUUCGCCGAUGGUGACGCCGCGCGCGACACGUUCGACUUCAUCAGAGCGCGAACUUGCAAGUUGGGCACCGUCGAGAAGCUAUAUGCCUUCAGUCACAAACCGUUGAAGCACGAGAGGGCAGUCAACGGUUGGGCGGUCUACGACCCGAGGGCGGAGUUCCGCCGGCAGGGAAUCAGUGAGAAGCUGCCGGAUAGAGGGUGGAGGAUCACCCACAUCAACAAGGACUAUACAUUUUGCGACACCUAUCCCGCCUUCUUGGUUGUCCCCUCCAAGAUCUCCGAUAAUGUCCUCAAGUACGCGAGGGAAUUUCGAUCCCGUAAUCGCGUUCCCGCACUAUCAUACAUCCACCCCAUCAACAACUGCACCAUUACACGAAGCUCACAGCCCUUGGCGGGAAUCACGAGGAAAACAAAUGUGCAGGAUGAGAAAUUGGUAGCGGCUUCUUUCUCGGCACUGAUGCCAGCUGGCUCUGAGGAUAGCACACCACUUUCGAGUCAACCCGAUAUCUCUAAUGGGGGCUCCUUUUUAGAACGAGAGCUCUCUGAAACUGAGCGCUAUGAGGAAGAGCUCAUCUCGAAAUCGGCUGCUGUCUAUGACGAGAAAACUGGAAAGCGCCUCUUGUACGGCGCCCAGCAGAGCAACCUCAUCGUGGAUGCUCGUCCGACCAUCAACGCCAUGGUGAACCAGGUCCAGGGGAUGGGUUCAGAGAACAUGGACAAGUACAAGUUCGCACGGAAGAUUUUCCUUAGUAUCGAGAAUAUCCACGUUAUGCGAAGCUCCCUUGCUAAAGUCAUUGACGCUAUCAAGGACGCCGAUAUCUCGCCUUUGCCGCCGAGUAAGGAGCUGCUACAUCAAAGUGGCUGGUUGCGACACAUCCACGACGUCCUCGACGGCUCGGCCAUCAUCACGCGGCAGGUGGGGAUCAACCACUCCCAUGUCUUGAUUCACUGUUCCGACGGCUGGGAUCGUACAAGUCAGCUCAGUGCCUUAGCCCAGAUUAUGUUGGAUCCCUACUACCGUACCAUGGAGGGCUUCAUUGUCCUGGUCGAGAAGGACUGGCUCUCCUUUGGCCACAUGUUCCGGCUCCGGUCCGGGCACCUGAACCAUGAGGAUUGGUUUACGAUCCAGAAGGAUGCAUUGGCCGGCGCCAAGGUGCAACCGGGGGAGAAUGACGGGCGGAACGAUGCUUUCCAGAACGUCCUUAGCGGCGCGAAACGAUUCUUCAACCAGAACCUAAAUCAGAACAAGGACGAUGGAGACCUUGAUACCAUCAGUGAAACGGCGUCUGGGAAGGUUGUCAACGAAGAGGCAACGACUCCUAAGAUGAUCAGCCCUGUCUUCCAUCAAUUCCUAGACUGCACCUACCAACUCCUGCGGCAGAACAAGACGCGAUUUGAGUAUAAUGAGCGAUUCCUGCGCCGCCUCCUAUAUCACCUGUACUCGUGUCAGUACGGUACCUUCUUGUAUAACUCGGAGAAACAGAGACAUGAUGCUCGAGCGCCCGAGCGAACAUCUUCGGUGUGGGAUUACUUCCUCUGCCGAAAAGCCGAGUUCACGAACCCCGAUUUCGACCCCACGAUUGAUGACCACGUCAAGGGCCAAGAGAGGAUUAUCCUGCCCCGGCUGAAGGAGAUUCGGUGGUGGCACCAAUUGUUCGGACGAACCGAGGAUGAGAUGAACGGAGCGCUUAAUGCAGCAGCUACCGCCGAGAACGACCGACAAGCUGCCAUCUCAAGCUUCCAGUACCCCAGCGUAGCCCAUGCCGAGCAGGAGCCUAGGUCGUCAAGCACCAGCUCAGACAACCCUUCACUUGCAGGAAAUCGGUCCGUUCUAGCUGGUGUCGAGAAUGCGCACGAGGCUCUGACGCCCGACACACGGCACGCCACUAUGGAACGAAGCGCAUCGGCAGAGGGCGGCAAUGCCUUCGCCGCAAUCCGAGAGGGUAUCACAGGCCUAAACCUGGGGAAGAACAUGCUUGCAACCUUUGGCCAAGGCGAAGCAUCAUCGUCCAGCUCGACCCCCGCACCCACCCGCACUCGUAGUGACCAAGAACUGCGGGAGAUGGCAUAG